AUGACCAUUAUUAUUGCGCUAAGAAUGGAAAACAACCGUGCUUCGCAGCUUCAGCAACCUUCAUCACAAUAUCAGCCUUGUCCGGAUGGAUAUUGUCAUCCACCUAUAGUUCAGGAGUUCCAGGUAGCUAUGCGAGCUAUGCGUGGAUCGCUGCCACGAACAGGCCUCAGAAGGCCUAAAAUCCAAAACUUGCCCGGUUCUACGAAGAAUGGCGAUUGCCUGCGACGUAAACUUAAAGAUGCUUUGCCACAGGAUCUUUAUAAGGGACCACAAUUCGAAAGCGCGCCUUGCAAUUUGGGGGUAUGUCAAACCUGGUCCGACUGGUGCGAAUGGUCGACGUGUUCUGGAAGCUGUGGAAUAGGUGAAAGAACUCGAACAAGAUUCUGCUAUCUGGAGACUCUUAAAUGCGAAGGGAAAGACUUUGAGCAACGAAAUAAGGGAUGCGGUGGAUGUCGAGGUGAAGGGCUUGGCGAAACUUUGUUUUCAUGUUUUUUUGGAGAUGUAAUUCAACAUUCUCAAAUUAAGGUUAACGUAUGCGAUCCUGGCCCUUGUCCGGAAUGGGAAGAGUGGAACGAAUGGAGUUCUUGCUCAACAAGCUGCGGAGUCGGCGUAUCACUGAGAAGGCGAUCAUGCCUCGGAGGGGCAUUAGGAGAUAACAUGUGCCCCGGACCCUCUUCAGAACAACGUUUUUGCGAAGAGGCGUUGUGUCCGCUAUGGACGUCGUGGGCGGAAUGGAGUGCUUGUAGUGUAACAUGCGAUGUAGGAACGAGACAUCGACAUAGAACGUGCCAGUAUGGAACAGACUGCCGAGGUCCUCAAAAACAUGGACUGAGUGGUAUGAAUGGUCAAGAUGUUCAGUUAAAUGUGGCCCAGGACAACGAAGAAGAACUCGUGAAUGUGUCAGAGCAGAUGGUGUAA